UGAUGUCAAAACAGUUGUUACAAUGCAGCAUUAGAUAGAGUGGUGUAGUAGUGUGACUGCCUAUAAGGGAAUCUGAACAUCCAGAUGGCCCUAUAAUGAUCGGAUAUAGAGUCCAUCAUGUGUGCCUUGCUUAGUAUAGAGUGCUAUUUUUAUUUAGGGUUUAGGUCAAGAUAUUGUGAGCAGGAUCUUGGCUACUUGCAGGUGUCUGAACAAACCACUUUUUGAGACAGGUGAGAACAGGAACUGAGCUUCUCUUUGUGACAAAUAAAACCUCUUCCUGUGUGUAACCCAGAAAAACUAAGAACGGUCUCUGUAGCUGGAUAAUUUACAUCUGCAGUCUUUCAGAAUACAAUUUGUAGCCGAUUGCAUGUCUAGUCUUCCAAGAUGACAGCUACACUGCAGAAAUUCAUGCAGUCCUUGGACCUUAAAACCCUUCCCAGGAUCCUGCAAAUUCAGUCUGGAUUUUAUCAUGAAGGCUCCAUUUAUGAACUUUGUGGAAAUGAAUGCUCGCUCUCAACAGGAGACCUAAUUAAAGUAAAUGGUUACAGAGUAAAGAAAGUCUUGGCUCAUCUUUUCACAAGCAAUGAGUAUGACAUGUUGCCAACAAUGGAGCUUCCUCCUGAUUUUCCAGGCUUAUUUAAAGUUGUUGCUGACAAAGACCCUUAUCACUCAGUUGAAGAGAUUGUACAGACACUACAUAUUGGACCCACACAGCUUGCUCAGCCUUGCUUGUACAGCAGUUCAGUCCUACACGUGGGAGACCUCGCCAUAGAAAAAGAAACAAAUAUCAUGUUCCACUCCGUUGACAAUGUAAAUGGAAUCAUGUCAGCUAAGUGUAAAGUCCUACUGGAAGGAACACUUUACUCUUUUUCUUUACCUUUUUCCUGCACUGGAGAGUUCUUUGAGUGCCAAGACGAAAGGAUAUACACACUCAAAGAGAUUUUAGACUGGAGAAUUCAAAAUAACAGAGCAAGAACUGUCAUCCUUGCAGAUAUUAUGGAGAUAGGAAACAGUAAACAAAUUUACAAUGCUUUCAUCAAUGGAAUGAUGCUUCUGAGCCCAGUUUAUGAGAUACAGGCCCAAAUGCAAUUUGGUGGUGCUAUUAAUCUUCUUUCAGAUCUUGAUGUGGAAGUACUAGAUGUUACGGAGCACUUUAAUAUUAAAUUAUUUACCGAGAUGCUAGCUACUCAGGAGGUCUUUGAUAAAACUACCAAUGAAUUUCCAUUUAUUGCAGAAAUUGUAGAAGGUCCAAUCAAACAUUGCAAAUUGUAUUCAUUUUUGCAAGGUGGUAAAAAAAUCAUUGUCCACGGGAAGUAUCAAGGAGAUCGAGUUAUUGCUUCUGAGUUAAGAAGUGACACCCAGAGCAGACAUUUUCUUAUUCCAGCAAACUACAAAGGGAAAUUUAAAAGAAGACCCCGCUUUUUUCAAACUGUCUAUGACUUGACGAUUGUCGAGAGGGAAACAUCUGAACUUCAGGUAGUGGCAACAAAAACGUUUAAUUCACUACACAAUGAAUUCUCCUCAAUAUGUGUCGGGGACAUGUUUCAGGUAAAAAAAUCUCAAUACUGUGAAAUAACGCAUGAAGGCAAACACAUUUUUGUAGAUGCCCUUGAAUGUACGAGGAUUAAAGACAAAAAACAUGAAACUGUUAAACUACCAUUGUACGUAGAAGGUGGGUUUAUAGAAGUUGUGCAAGAUGACAAACAGUACUAUUUAUCUGAACUUUGUAAGCACUUUACAUUUCCUUUGAAUGUCAAGGUGUCAGUGAGGGAUCUCUUUACAAUUGGACAGGACAUUUUGGCUAGCACUGCCUUAUUAAAAUUGGAAGAGCAAAUUACAGAUUCUUACCUGCUUGUUAGUUUAUAUGACCAUCCUGAAGAAGUUUGGGAACUUCCUGUGUUCCGACUGAACCUUACUUUUCAAGUGCUUGGUAAUUUUGAAGGAAAAGUGUUCUCUGUGCCAACAAGAACCAAUACUGAAGAAAUCAAUGAAGAGGAGUAUUAUAUGGCAAGACGUUAUGAAAAUAACUUUCAAACCCCACCACCACGCCCUCCAAAAACUCCUUUAUAUGUAAAUGAAGCUGAGGGAAACCAGAUACAUGAGGUCCUUCUGAAAGAUGAAGAUUCUAAAGAGGUAGCACACUUACAAGACAACAGCCAUGGGGAGAGUUUGCCACCAAGGGGCCAUAAAGACACAGACACAAAGAACACAGCCAAGCAAAAUAAAGAAAGAGAUUUAGCUAAGGAAGUCAUCACAUUGGAUGUGGAAGAAGAAAAGAACCAGGAUAUAGAAAAGGCUAUUGAAGACAUUGGGAACCAGUUUAAAACCACAAUCUUAAAAUACCAAACUGAUAUAUGCAAAUUACAAGAUAAAAUUACAGAGAAACAAUGAGCAGCAACUUCAAAAAUGAAAGGACAGUUUGCCAAACACUGUGCUAAAUAAACCUGUUUUUGUAAAGUGCUGCCACUUUAUGCUUUUGGCAGUAUUUGGUAAGAUAUUUUACAGCUGCAACAUUUUUAGGGGCAUCUGGAGCAUGAAAUGACUAUUCUUUAUUGUAUAAUUAAUAUACAUUUUGUAAAGCCUUCAGUUAAGAA